AGAAGCGUCAAUGUAGGAACUACGCGUCUUUUGAUUGGCUGAAGUGUCCCUCGCGGCGUGGGGCAGUGAUCCCGUCCCUUCGAUUUAUGUUUUUUUGGCGGUUUAAGCAGAAGGGUGGUGAAGGCAAUUGUGAGGAAGGUUGCUAAAAAUACGUCUGGAAGAACGUGAAAGGGGCGGUAUAGAGGGGGAGACAACAGGGAAAGAAGGCUGCUGUCGAGCGGGAGAAGGGCUUUGGGGUGGAUCCGUUAGCCGCUUCAUCCGACCUAGUCGCGGGCUAUCACCGGACGUGGACGCCAUUAAGUUGGGUUGAACCGACCGGUUUGCGAAGAUGAGCGCCACACCUCCGGCUUGGGAGAAAGAGCAUCUCUGGCACUACCUUUUGGCGCUGGGUUUUGACCCCGCAGAAGCUGCCGCCGGGAAAAUUUCCGCCCACCUCCGUCUGGGCGUGAAUAUGUUUGAAAAACCAAACAAAGAUGCAUUUCACAUUGUUGCCUGGUUCUUGUUUUCAAAACUGGACCAAUCACGCUGCAAUGAAAUCUUCAGGUUUUGUUUUCCUCCUGCAGAUAAAAAAGCAGAUUCUGAGUUCAGGAAACAGUGCUAUGAAUGGCUAAGAAAAAUUUCAGAUGAAUGUGGAAAAAACUUUCCUCCAAUUGUUGCAUCACUAUUCCUUUCCCCUGGUGGCCCUAAGUUCAUUCAUCUAAUGUUCCACUUCGCAAGAUAUGUCAUAAUGCAUCAUAUUAAAACAGAUUCUGCAGCUUCAGGCAUACUUUAUCCAGAAGCUAUGAACUCAAGAUCCUCAGACUUAAAUAUGUCAGUUGCAAAAUAUCGUGUGGCACGUAACCGAUUUUUACUGAGUCUGCAAAAGGAAGACCUAAUUAUUCAAACACUUCAGAGGAAAGCACAAAUUUUCAGUGGACGAAUUAGAGACUCAAGAUAUGAAAAUGCAGAUCUAGACAAACAGCUCCAAAAAAUGGGAAAAAAUGUUCCUCCAAAUCAGAGCAACACAACAGACAGAAUUGAAAAGGUUCGCUGCCUGUGGACAUCAAUAACAGAAAUACUCAGACUUCUGCAGAAUGAAAGAGAAGUUGUAGAUUCAGUUGUUAAAGGUCAUGUUGACCAAUAUAUAUUGGACAGCAGGAAUGUUGCUAUCAGUGUUCCAAGGCCUCUACUUGAAAGAGUUGAAAAGGAAAUGCAUGAAUUGUCUGUAGGGAAUAUAUAUGAAGAAGGCAAACUUAAUAUUUUAACAGUAAUUCCGUUACUAAACAAAGCCUUGGAAAUGUUGAUGGUUGAGCGUCAGCACACUGAUAAGAAGGCACUAAAAUUGGAUCUUCAGUAUUUUGAAGCCAAGACCAAAUUCCACAGUGAGACGUUACUGGGGCUAAAUUCACUGAGGCAGAAAUUAAAACUUGAGGAUCAUAUAUCAAUAAGUCAUUCAAUUACUGAAAAACAACAUGAAUGGGAUUUGAAGUGGAAAACCUGCCUUGGCCAGUCACCUUUUCAUUUAAUUAAAGAUCCAAAACCUGCACUCAACUUACUACCAGCUAUGUCUCUCCUUUCUUUUACUCCUGCCACGGAAGAAGCUUAUAAAAGCAGUAUCUUUUGCCAGUAUCCUGCAUCUAUUUCAGACUUGUUGAAAAAGAAUCUUCAGACAAACGCAUUUGAGAGAGCUGGUAGAGCACCCAAAAGCCAAGAAGAUUCAACUGUGGUAACUACAAAGAGAAUUGUCCUGUCUGCUAAUCCUGCUAGAGAAGCAGAAAACAAGAAGCAUUCUGAAAAGAGAAGUGGCCAUUCUGACUCCUCGUUGUGACAAGCACCACUUCACAAGCAUCUGGUGAAAUGACACCAUCUUUCGCCUUCGUAUCGACAGCCUCCACAUUGGGAGAGUUAUUAUAUACAUAAGCCUUCUUGACAUCAUCCACCUCCAGACUACCUGGAGACUUACUAUGGAGACUGUGCUUGAGGUCAACACAGAGAUGAUGACACUGACCCAUACUAUGGUGCUUACUAUUAUGAAGAACCAAAGAGGGUACGCUACGCAUACACCUACUGCUCUGAAUCUUCGCCCUCACCAUCAGUUGUAAGAAAUACAACUGUUGAUUAAUGCAAUUUAAAUGUGUAAAGUGAUAAGAUUAAUAUGUGUUAUAUUAUAAUUAACAAUAACAUGCAUGCAUAGACUAGGUAAAAGAGGAAAAAUAAAGGGGAUUUAAAUGUAUAACUGAGAAAUGUAUGAAAAAAAUGGUUUGAAAAGUGCUAAGUAAGUCGUACAUUGUUCAUGAGGGUAAACCACUGUAAGUUUUAUCCCAUGGACCAAACUUUCCAAGGGGGGAGGUAUGUGGUGGAACCCCCACAUCAUACCUGUCCAUCAUGGUGAGCUCAAGGGCAGGAGCCUAUGAGAGGACAGGAGGGGCUGAACCAAGAAGAACAGUUAAUUAGUUAGUUAGAAAGGGGUUGUUGGAGAAAAGAGGUUGGAGAUAGGGAAUUGAACAGAGAGUUAGGAGAUUGAAUUGAGGAAGUUAAGAGAAUGCUAGAGUUAAUAGAAAAGAGUUCAAAACUGCAGUGGUGCCCUGUGUGAUGAUGAUAAUCCAUUCCAUAGAAAUCGCUGUUUAGCGAAAUCAUCAUGCGAAAACCGUUUCCCAAUUGGAAUGCAUUGAAACCUGUUUAAUGCAUUCUAAUGGGGAAAAUGCAUCGUCGUCCUGCGACAAUGUAUUUUCACCCAUAGGGAAGCCAUUGCGAGUGCCGAUCAGCUAUUAAAAUGGCUGUCCUGCGAAGCAUGGGUCCUGAAAACAUAGGGAAGUGAUUUUGCGAAGCCACCGAUUAGCUGUAAAAAUCGUCUUGCGGAAAAAAUGGUCCGCGAAGCACGGACCAAAUCAUCAUCCACCGAAAA